AUUAUCAUCCAUUGUUGUUUUGUUUCCUAACAACAGAUAGAACUGUGGCAAAAUAACUAUUACUUUAGUUUUGCACUUUAUUUCAAUUCUUGUUCUUUAGCAAAACUAUAAACUAUAGCAAUGGGUAUCGAUAUGAAUGUUUUGUAACUACAUUCUUGGAUCUUAUUGAAACAAACUCGAUCCACAUCAUCAUUUCAAAAAAAAUGGAACAAAUGCAAACUUCCACCGGCCAAGUGCUCCCCCACAUUGUGCAAGUCUACCAGCCGACUAUAACGGAUACCAAGAUACAGAGCAGGCAGAUAAUCCACCUGUCUCACCCGCCACUCACUUCACAGAGCAAUGUUUACCAACAAACCAUGUCGGAGCCCAUGCAUAUGCCUUCGCAGCAUAUCGCACAUGAGAUUAGUCAGAUACAGACAACGCAGAACUUGGUGAUGUCGUGUCAGCAGACUCAUUUGCAAAGCCUGCCGUUGCAAGGGCAAAUGUCUUCACAAGUCCUGCAACCAUCGGCACCAUUACAAAUAACUUCCCACGUGAUUCUACCGCAAGCAGCCAUGUUUAAGCAGCAUAUGCUGGUGAACAGCGUGCAACAGCAGUAUUAUAGCUACGAGGCCUAUCAGAAGGACGAGGCGUUCCAGAAGGAUUGUGUGGCUAAAGUCGAGCCAGGCUUGCCGGCUAUCAAUGAUAAACAGAUAGAAUGCAAACCAGAAGAACUGGAUAUAACACAUCACUCAAUAGAAAUCCAGAUUGAAAACAUAACCAAAAGGUCAAGAAGUUUGGUCCCUAACCCCAACCAAUGGGCCUGUAACGUUAGAAAACUGAAGCACCAACGUGGAGAAGCCUAUAUCAGUCGCCGGGGCAAAUAUGUCCCGGAAAGACGGGUCAAAAACACCAAAGACUGCCUCAAAACCUGCAAAUACAAAUGUAACGAGAGAAUCGAUGAUACAGACAGAGAACACAUCUUCAAAGCAUUCUAUUCCUUAAACGCUAACGAAAAGAAGCACUUUUUGCUUAACACGACUGAAAGAAACUAUGUAAAACAUAGUAAGUUAGACGCUGAUCGCAAAAGAAAGUAUUCAUUUAAAUAUUUCUUCCUAGUUAGAGCUGUUAGGUACACAGUAUGUAAGAAUUUCUACUUAGGAACAUUAGCUAUAUCUCAAAAGCCGGUCUACAACGUGCAUUUAACUAAAUCUGAGAUGAACAUUCCGAAGCCAGACGGUAGGGGUCUAAAUCAGGCUAGUGCGCACGCUAUGCCUCAAGAAAUAAAAGAUAAGGUAAGAAACCACAUAUUAUCUUUCAACACAUUAGAUGGAAAGCAAAUUAAACAGUUUUCUAGAAAAAAACAGUAUCUAGAUCCUAGUUUAAGCAUAAAACAGAUGUAUACAAUGUAUUUUAAUGAGUGUAGUAAAGAGAAUGCUAUGCCUGUGAAAGAGUCUAUGUAUAGGAAGAUAUUUAAACAGGAGUUUAAUUUGCAUUUUAAAAAGACGAAAGACGGUCAGCUGUGUUGUAGAUGUAAAGGGCCAGUGAAAAAGAAAACAUAGAGUACUGGCAAAAAUUCAUUGACUGUACCAUCGUCCACACUGUAACUGACAGUUCGCAAACCUUAUUACAAUAGGCAUAAGGUCCACCGACGGACAGUUAAAGAGUGUUGCUUUUUUUUUAACGCGGCGCCGACGUGUUUUUAUCAUUCCACAGAGCAGUUCGUUUGCGUGGUGGUAUAGCGUGUUGAAAAUACAUGAUGUACAUAAACUCUAAGACAGUUCUCAGCUAAUGUAGAUGGCGCUGUAGAGCUCCGUCCUUUAUGCGGGAACUCUUUAACAAUUCAGUCAAAAAUGGCGUCUAGUUAGGCUGGCCACAAUAAAUCACGAAUUUGUCCUCGACUUCUCUACAACAGACAAAUUUUCAACAAUCGAUAACUCUUUGGUUCGGGGAGCAGGUUGGAAAAAAGGUCUAGAUAUGAACCUCCCCCUAGAAUUUUGUAAAUACUAGGUGUAAACUAAAGAUUAUAAUAAUAGAUCGUCAGGUGACAAGCAAAAGUCACUAAUUACUAAAAGAAAUUUAAACAAAAAUCGACCUUUUUUUAGUACUAAUAUGGUUCAUUAUGCCUAUGAACUUGUGGUGGUACUUAGUGACUUUUGAUUGUCACUCGACGAGAUGUAGUGCAUAAUUAUUUUCCUUCAUAUUUUCACAGAAACGUACGAACGUGCCUUGCUAUUUCAGUCAGUCUCGGUGCAAAAAGUACGGAGGCUGACAGAAGUAGCAUGAUAAAUACGAACGUUUCCGAGAAAAUAAGGAAAACAAUUAUGCCCUACGUCUGUAAUUACUUAAUUAGUAAUAUAUUUGCAUUUAACUCUUACUCUUGUCAGAUUUGCUAAGAGCACGACCAGUGUAAAGUAAAUCUAAAGGUAUUACAAUAGAGUUCAAUUUGGCAAGUUACUUUAGACACGUGAGAUGUGUGAAAGAAAGCAUAGAAUGUCACUAUGUAUUUUAUUUAAGGUAUAAAUUUUAAUAUAUAUUUAAUGACUAAUGAUGUCACCGUACCGAAAACAGAAUUAUGACUGAAUAUUAUAUAAAAUGGAAUGUUAAAAUUUCUUAUAACAUUAAUACAAACUGAAUAAUAUCGUUGUAAAGUGUAAGCUAACUUCACACCGACUUGAAUAUAACAAAGUGAGAUAGUGUCAAAAAAUUAAACAAAUCAUAGAAAUUAGACAUCAAUU